AUGGUCGCGACACUUGGUGAUGGGGCGCAUAUUUGUCCGGCUUCUAGGGUCGUGCGGCCCGACACAGUGACAUCCAUGGUCGCCACCAGUGCUGGACAAAGGAGGGUUUUCCAGCGGCCUGGAAUCUUGAGGGGCGGAGCACAGCCGCGAGCUUUGGCGACUCCCGGGGUCACGACGCGCGACAGUGGGCUGAGGGUGUUGCUGAUUACAGGGGCCCUGUCCGUCACGGCGUUGAUUGUUGCGAUGCAUUCGGGCGGGCCUGUGAUCUCCGCCAACGUGAUUUCGAUAUUUGCUGGGACCGACGAAGAACAAGAUGACGGGCCGUUGUAUGAUGGUCCACCUCCAGGGCCAGAGGAAGGAGUGGACUACGGUCCUCUUAGAAUUAAAGAGUAG